AUGAACGACUUGCUCUCAAGCUCCUUGUCCAAGGCCUCGCCGGACCACCAUGUCAUCGAAAUGACCCCUUCGAAGGGCGACGACCUCGGUAAGUUCUUCCAGGACGUUGAGGCUGUCCAGAGCGAGCUCGACGAGCUGCAGAAGCUCAACAAGAGUCUUCGGAGCGCCCACGAGCAGAGCAAGACCCUCCACAACGCCAAGGCUGUCAAGGAGCUCAGAACCCGCAUGGACGCUGACGUCCACCUAGCCUUAAAGAACGCGAAGAUCCUUAAGGUGAGGUUGGACGCCUUGGAUCGGUCCAACGCCGCCAACCGAAGCCUGCCUGGCUGCGGCCCCGGAUCAUCGUCGGACCGGACAAGGACGUCUGUGGUCAACGGGCUGAGGAAGAAGCUCAAGGAUUCUAUGGAUAGCUUUAAUGACUUGAGGCAGAAGAUAUCGUCUGAGUAUAGAGAGACUGUUCAGCGUAGGUACUUCACCGUCACCGGAGACAACCCUGAUGAGAAAACCGUUGACCUUCUUAUCUCCACCGGUGAAAGCGAGACAUUUUUGCAGAAGGCAAUCCAAGAGCAAGGAAGAGGGAGGGUUCUGGACACCAUAUCCGAGAUCCAAGAGAGGCACGAUGGUGUGAAAGCCAUGGAGAGGAAUCUGAAUGAGCUGCACCAGGUGUUCAUGGACAUGGCAGUUCUGGUGCAGGCUCAAGGUGAGCAGCUGGACGACAUUCAGAGCCACGUGGAGCGAGCUAAUUCUUACGUGCAUGCCGGCAAUCAGCAGUUGCAGAAGGCCAGGUUCUUUCAGAAAAACACCCGAAAAUGGACCUGCUAUGGCAUCCUAAUCUUGCUCAUCAUCGUCGGCAUUAUAUUGGCCUCAACGCUGACUAAUUAA